AUGAAAAAUAAACGAUGUAUAUAUAUCGGGGUGUUAGAAAGGGAUCUACUGAUGUCCCUAGAUGAUUACAGUUUCGUGGAAGAGUGUUUACAAAUUUUAAUAGACUUCUGUAAUAGCAGUAAUUCGAACGAUAUAUCCUAUCUUGAACCAAACAUGCCACUCGCUUUAUUAGAAAAGAGAUCGGAACUGGAAGUGCGCAGUCAAAAGAGCCAAGACGUCUGCGUGUCACCAACCCAUGAGUUUGAAAAGCCGCCACCGACUGGCGAUCUAAUUACAGCUAUCGCCGAUGUGUUCACCAACGUUUCAAUGUUGAAGAAUAGUCCUAUACAAAGUUGGAAUGAACGGGGUUUAUAUCGGGUGAUGUUUCGAUGUUUAAGCCGGUCAGAGGGUAUGUUAGAGCAGGACAGCAUCAGCGGUAGCAUCUGUCGCACUCUAUGCGUCGCAGUGAGACAUAAGUGCGUACGCGCACUUCUAGCCUCCACUAAGGACUGCUUACAUAACCUGAUUGACACUUUGCGACCGAUUGAAGCUGAUAACCAAAUUUUUGCGCGCACGCAGGCUACGCUACUACUGGGAUAUUUACUAAACGAUACAUCAGCUAGCGACACCUUAUGGUGGGAAUUGAAGAAAAACAACUCGAAUUUAUUAUUUGAAAUGCUUUUGCAGUUCAUGGAAAGUGAUGAUAUAGAAUUGCAGUCAACGGCGAUGUUUUGCUUAACCCAAUUGGCGCAAUCGAUUCGCAAAGAAAACAAACAUACAUUCAUAGACAACGUGCGGUCGGGUAACGUCGGUUCGAGUGAUUGUCAACCGGAGUACAUAGUUGAGGAAUUGUGCAAGAUAUUGAUGGAGAUCUUCAAGGAACAUUUGGAGAAGAAAAACUUUUUGACGAGACAGGACGACACCUGGUCCUCCCUAUGUUCCUGUAUGGCGUCACUACUGUCUGUCAGUCCUCGCAGUCGUAUGUACGCGGUUCAUCGCCAAUUUCCCAGAGUGCUGAACCUUGCUCUUCAGGCUUUCAGGGAUAAACUGUCCUUGCAGGGGAAACCUGUAGAUGUCAUUCGGAAUGCUAAUUCGGAGCCAAUACUAAACAACCUCUAUUGGGUUCUGACGUUGGCCAAUAGUUCGAUGCUAGACUGUGCCCCGUGUAAGGAGUGUUUUUCCGAAGACGUGACCUCUCACAACAAGCUGUGGCCCUGGUACAUGAUGACGGAACCGUUGAGGGAUACAAUCAUGCACUUGCUCCUUACAUUUACUAAUGACAAUCCGAAAGGCUGGAGCGCGAUGUGCGCCUGCGUGUCCGGGCAUAGCCUCGCGAGCGAAGUGUGUGCGCUGGUGAGUCGUGAGGCUUCGCGGCCUCGUGCCUCGCAUCUGUUGCCUCUCGCCUUGCGAGUGCUCACGCAUUGCACGCCGAACCAGCACUGUCGGUCUCUUAUACUCAAGACUGACGUAAUAUCCUGCGCCUGCAAAUUACGUGCACGCAAUAACGACUCGUACACCGAAGCGUGGUACAAACUGUGUGAGGCUCUGAGCCGACACGCGGAUGGGGCGUCGGCUCUAAUUAACGUGCUGUCUUCGCCAACACUCAGGCCCAUACCACGCCCAUUACUCACUUCCCUGGCUCACGCUGCUCAUCAUCAGAGAUUGGCAUUUCUUCAAUCGCCGGAUCUUCUAGAAGUAUUGUCAGGCUCGCUGUUGACCGGCGACACAUCCGAGAUAGUGUCUGCCAGCCGUGCUGUAUGGGCCCUUGCUGCUAAUAACCAUCGGGCCAAAUUAGUCCUUCGGAGUUCUGGUAUCACCACGGCAGUCCAGACCACGAUGCAAAGACUGCAGAGGAGCAAUGACGUCGCGGCGCAGAGGGCGUUGCAACUUCUCACGUAUACGUACAAUAUUUUACAAACUUGA